UGUCGGUCCAACUCAAUGGCGACUUUUGUAUCUUGCUUACAGAGUGUACUAUCGCAAAAUCCUACAAGAGGGAGGAAUUCCAAGAAGCCGCAAAUCAUUUAUGAAACAUAUUUAUUUUAGAUUGUGUGAAUGUUCGUGCAGUUUUAGUGUUAAUUUUUCAAUGCAAAAACGAGGGGUUAAGUUGAGCAAACAGCGGUUUGUUAAUACUGUUAGUAAAUUGAGUGAAAUCAGUAUAAGUUCUAGUGUGAACACAUGUCAAAAUUCUCAAGCUAGGCAGCAUUUGGAAUUUAAUGACAAAGCUGAGUCCCAACUGAAUGUCUCGGAUAGUGUGAGUACUCGAACAGCUGUUCUCAUCAUUACUGCUAUUUUCCUCAGUUCCAUUCUCACACUCACCUACAUCUACUUCAGCUUCCCGGAGCUUGAGCCAGAGGAACGCAAGUACAUCAAGUUACCGUGGGACGUGGAGGAAGCCAAACAGCUGGGACGAGUGUUGGAGAAACACAAGGACCGUAACUACUACGAGGUCCUUGCUGCCGUCGUCGUCACCUACAUAUUCCUACAGACGUUUGCAAUCCCAGGAUCGAUAUCACUGUCUAUCUUGUCAGGAUUUCUGUUCCCGUUCCCCUUGGCGUUGACGCUGGUUUGCUUCUGUUCCGCAACAGGCGCUAGCUUCUGUUAUCUCCUCUCACACUUGGCCGGCCGACGUCUAGUCUACAAGUACUUUCCCGACCGGGCCGUCCAAUACUCACAAACUGUUCAAAAGCACCGACGGAACAUCUUCAACUAUAUUUUGUUCCUAAGGAUCACUCCGUUCUUGCCAAACUGGUUCAUCAACAUUGCCGCACCCAUUGUCAAUGUGCCAAUCUUACCUUUCUGGUUUGGCACAUUCUUGGGUGUGGCUCCUCCGUCGUUUGUUGCUAUCCAGGCAGGUCAGACCCUGCAGCAGCUGACGUCUAUGUCUGGUACUUGGUCCUGGACAUCUGUCACAUGGCUGGCUGUCUUCUCUCUGCUCUCUCUACUGCCCGUUCUACUGCGCGACCGUCUACGAACCAAGUUUGACUAGGAAGAGUGCCCCUUAGACGACUGGCAGCAGUCUGCUCGUGGUAGUCAUGUGAUCGAUGAACUAGUCUUUGUCCGUCUUCACUCUACCCAAGAAACUCUUCUGCUCAAGAUCAGAAGACACACUCUUCUCAUCCAACAAGAAGGCACGGUCCAAGAAAUCCUCUCUUAACAGAAUACUUCUCCAUUACAAACUGUGAUAUUCAUUUUUAAUUGUUUUAAACUUAUUCCUUGCAAUAUAGUGGGUUAGGGUCAACGCAGGGAAAAGUCUAAUUCGUAUAAAAUAUUUUUAUAAACUCUUUUUGGAGUUUCUUGUUGAGUUUGAGAAUUUAUUUUUGUUAUGUUUGUUUGUUCUUCCUUCUCGUUUGCUAUCUAGGCUAACAAAUUAACAUGUAACUUGUGUGGUAAUUGAAUUUUACUAAUCGUAAUGAAAACAUUGCAUUUCUUAAAUCAUUCCAAAAAUAGUUUAGUUUGAGAAUUUAACCAGUGUGCAUUUAAUCUGUAGGAAUUCAUUUGCAUGUUUUUUAACUUCAAUUUCUCAAUUUCCACAGUGUUACAUGUGCCAAUAAAACCUUUUCGUCAUGCUAAUAGUUGUGAUAGAGUGCCUGAUCUAGGUAUACUUUAAGCAUAGAGACGAUGUUGUGUGGGCCUAGUUUCAAACAUUCUUACAAUGCUUUUCUCACACUUGUAGUUAGUUAUAGAUUUUUAAAAUCUACUGUAACAGACUUUUGAGCAGAUUGUUGCUAGGAACAAAUUUUAGUUUUUCCAAUUGUAGUUUAAGGUAUUUGUGUGCAUAUUACAUUGAAAAAAAGAUUGAUGCUCUUUAAAAAGCAUGCUUUUUACUUUAGUGUUUAAGAUUACAUUUUAUUAGGUAGUGAUACUUCCCAUACAUAAAAUAUUUCUAUAAAAGCGAUUGGCUUGCAUUUUGCUUUGUAAAGAUGUCUAUAUAUUUAAUUCCGUAAGCGAAUCGGUCCCCUCGAAAUAUUUCGAGCUAGGAUAAAGUUAGCAUAACUGUCAAGGAUUUAUUUUAAAGUUUAAGGUCCAAGGACGGUGGGAAAAACAUCAGAAAUGUCCAAAAUUGCCCCUGCUCUGCCCCACAGGCCGUCAGAUCCAAAUUGUCUAAUGGAAGUACUGCUACAGUGUUUCAAGCUGUUUUAAAUAUACCAGCUGAUGUAAACAUUGCAUAUUUGUUUUUCAUUGAUUUUUAUUAGUGUUCUGUUUGUAGGUUAGAGUGGUAAUGCAGUGUUGAAAUGUAUCAUGUUAGGGGAAGACCACGACUACGAAGAAGGGUAUUUAGGAAUGAUGCACAGCAUAGGGAAUGGUUAAGGACAAAUUUCAACAAAUGUGAAGGGCAGCAAUUGCUGCUAUGAGCCUCUAGUUUUUUAUAGUAUAUUUCAAACUAGCUGGCCCGACAGACGUCGUCCUGUCCUAAUGUGGUUUUAUGUCAAAUGCUCGUUCAUUUUCAAGAUGAGCUUGUUCGCAUGGCUCAAUCACGUCCUGGUUGAAGUUCGUUCGCUACGCUCACUCACCUUUUGGUUGCAAAUUAGAUGUUGUCAUAAAUUUAUAAAGAAUAAUAGUGCUGCACCCUGUUGGUAAACAUAUAAACUUUUUAAUACUAUUGAGAAUCAACUACCAAUCAUAUUGAGAAUCAAACUACUAUCACAGAAUCAAAUUGUUUAGUUGAACCAGCUGUUAAGAUUCUUUAAUUCCAUUUAAAUAUGAGUACUCAUAAGGUUAACAUGGGAAUCUCCAGAGCCACUGGUGCGGAGCCCUUUUGACGGAUCUGCACCAAACUUCACACAAACCAUCCUUGAAUAAUGCUUAAUAAUGCCUGAAAGUUUCAUUACAAUCUGUCGAGCGGUUUCGGAGUCCAUAAAGGACAAACAAACAAACAAACAUACAUACAUUGGAUUUUAUAUACAGGGUUAGUAAAAAGUGUGGAGACCCCCUGUUAUUUUUUUAACGGCCCAUACUAGAAAAACUAAACUCGACACACCAUUAUCGAGUACUGUUAAUGGUGUAUUAUGGUACCUCAUUAAUUAACAAAACAAAGCUAGAAAACAAAAUCAUUUUUAUGUAAAGAUAACCUCUCAUGACAAUCUUUAAACUCAGUUGAAUAUGCACACAAUUAGUAUUUAAUAGCAAUAAUUUGAUGUGUAUUUGUGCUUUUAUCGGAAAUGAAACUAUGUUAUCUGGUGCUGUUUUAGUGUUUAAAUAAGUUAAGUAAUACUGGUGGUUUGUAAAUGCUUGGUUUGCACAUGAACACAAACUAUCUUCCUCUUGAAAUUCUCUGUAGGAAAUCUUAUGUUUCUAAGCUGUAUCAAUUAUCAAUUCGAGAUGGGGACAUCACCUAGGUGCGUUUUUAACCCAAAUAUGAGUGAAAACUGAGUAUAGAAUGGUGUGAGAUGAUCUGUGUAGCUUUGUUACUGACUAAUAUCAGCUGUUUCAUUAGCCAGGAUCAUUUAUGUAAAUCCCAUUUAUCAGGAACAGCUGGGUCCAGUUUCGGACCAUAAAAAAGCUACUGGCUUUUCUCGGGAUCGAACCGGCGACAUUUAGGCAAAUGUCAGGCAAACACUUAAACCAUUCAGCUUAGCCAUAUACUUAGUCUUUCAGGACAAAUUUUCUUAUGUAAAAUCUAUUGAACAGAUGUAAAAAUCGGUAGAUAGGCCUAUAUGAAUGACUAGUUGCUUUAUGAUUGCAUAUCCAUAAUUGGUUUACAGUUUAUUUUAUCAUUAAGUUUUUCGUUAUUUUUGAUAGUCGAAAUAAGUACUAUCUCAAUAUCAGUCUGUCUGUGUGUCAGGGACACCAAGGUGGCAAAUAUGCUGCCUUCUACAGGUCACUAGAGCACCGAUCAAGAUUAAACUAUUUUACUAUAUUCACUAAACUGUUGAGAAUAUCUUUGGUUAUUAGACCUGUAACUUAUAUGUAAAAAAAAGAAAUUAGUCCCUUUACAGAAAAGACAGAAAAAUACUACUAGCUGUGUGCAAAAAUCAAUCAUAAUAUUGCUUUAUUGUACCCUUUGUCUUUAUUUUAUAAAAAUUUUUAACUCCAUUAACGUGCCCCCACCGACUUGACAACCCAUUUUAAUGCAAUCGUUUAAGGGUCAGAAGAAUUACAUGUGCAAAUCAAGUAUCAAAUUUGUAGCAUUAUGUCAAAAUUUUAUAUUUAAAUGCUUCGUAUUUAUUUAGUUUCAUUUGUGUAAAUGGAUGGUGUGCAUGAAGCAUGGAUAUUCUAGGUAUUAUAGGUACAGGGUAAGAGGAAAGGGUGGUUGUGGAGGUAUUAUUAGUAAUAGGCCUACUUUAUAGAUAUAAGAUAUAUUCGUCAUCAGUUGAUUCUAAUACACCAAUACAGAAGUAAUUUCACAUAGAUUGAAUUAAACUUUCAGAUCAUAAGUUACAGUAAUCUUAUUUUUAUAUUCUAUUCAUCAAUUUCAAGGAGUUUUCUCUUUACAAAAAAUCAAUUAGGUACAUAGUUACCUUGAAAUGUGUUCAAAUUUGUUAACACAAUGUUUCCUAACUAUAGUAGAGUAGUUAUUAAGUUUAAAAGAUUCUUAUCUAAUAUUUGUUCUAGUGUAUUUCAGUAUUCAAUAAGUUUUUAGAAUGUAAAAUAGCAUUUCAAGUUAUAAAUUACUGUAUUGUAAAAGUAGUUCUUGAUACUUUUUCUCAGUAAUUCAUGGUAAAUCUUUUAUAAUCGUACCUCUUACAUGAAUGUUGUUAACUCUUUAUAUAUAGAUAUAGUAUUAGUCUCUUUAUUUUUUAAUAUGCCAGGCCUAUUGGUGCCUUUAUGUGCCAAACACUAUUUUCCUCUCUUAUAAUUCUUCCGACGCUUCAGUAGUGUACAAAAAGUAACUACAGUUGUUCGACCAGUCAUGAAAUCUUUUAUUUGUCAGACAUAGACAGAAUUUUUGAUUACGAGUCCACUGUACCCUUUAUUCAAUUUAAUAAACUAAAAUAUGACUUGUAUUGUUUUUCUGUGUGUAUUUAUCAUAUUAUAUUUUUUAGAUGUUUUUCUGACGUAUUGAUUAAUAACAUUUUAAAAUAGUAAAAUGUGCAUUUAGGGAUAAUAAUAAUGUUUAAAGCUAAAUUUUAUUUCUUUUAGUCAUAGAAAUGAGGCCUACAUCUUAAAUCAUUGGCUAGUCCCAAUAUAGACAGGGGGUCAGGAGACAAGUUCCAUCUUACAGACUUUAGAAUUAUUGUCUGAUAUUAAUCACUGUUAAUUUUUGCAAAGAAGAAUUUUAAAUCAAGAUAGAGUUACAUUUUUAUUUUUCAUAUAGACUAGCUGUAACCCGCGGGCUUUGCCCCGUUUAACUUCUUAAUUUUCAAUUUUUCAUAUAGAUAUGUUUGGGUACGCAACUUAUUGAAUUUUGUUUCUUAACUAUCCACAUAUAUUUAAAAGAGUAUGUUGUUAUUUCCUGUAUUAUUUGUUCGUUUGAAGUUCUUACACUCAAAAACAGUUGUACCGUUCGCUAAGAAAUUUGGCUUACUUAUAAAUAUUAUUACUUAUAUUAUUGAUGGAGAAGGUUUAAAAGACAGAAAUCUAUUUUGUUUUACUUAAGAUGGGUUUGUUCCCGCAGAACUAGAAAGGUCCUCAGAGUAAUAUUAUUUUAAUCAGUUACCUUGGUAAGAGUAAAAAACUUAUGUGUUUACAAUGUUAGUUAAAAACUACUGUUAAGUUAUGACAAAAUUUGUUUUUUGAUGGUUAUGACAUUUAAUGUUAUUUAUCAUUGGAAAUAUGUAUGUUACGUAGGGUAUAUUAUGAAAUUGGAAACCAUAGCUUAUGUUUUUGUGUUGGUUAUUAUAAUUGUAAGUUUUUCUCAUCGAAAGAACUAGUUCACUACACAUUUUUUUACCAACUUAAAGUUAAAGUCAUCGACCUACUAUUGUGUUUUUGCUUCAUUUAAUUGUGUAAUAAAUUAUCCUUGCAUAUUAAAUAUAAACUUAACAUUUAGCAGUAAGUUAUUGAAGUCGUAAUCUGUUGUCUCUAUGUUUUCUACUGACGUUCUAUUCUGAUAAUAAAAAAUACAUCUUGAA